AUGGAAUAUUCCGUUGACUUAGAUCACAUGUCACACGCUGUAACAAUACUAGAAAACCUUGAUGAAAUGAGGAAAAACAAACAGAUGUGUGAUUUUAUGAUAAAAGUUGAAUCAGAAGAAUUUCCAGCUCAUAAAAAUGUAUUGUCAGCAGGAUCCGAUUAUUUUAAAGCAAUGCUUUCUCAUGAUACUUCUGAAGCUCAGUCAGGUUUUGUUGAAAUGAAACAUAUAUGUCCUGUGUCGGUAAAAAAAUGUAUUGACUACAUUUAUUCUGGAAAACUUCUCAUCACCAAAGAAAAUAUUGAACAAGUUUUAAACACCGCCAAUAUGAUGCAAUUGCAGAAGAUUUGUGAUGGUAUUUUUGAUUUUCUUGCGAAAGAACUAACUCCAUUUUCUUUCCAUUCAACUAAAGAUAUUGCUGAGUUUUUAAUUCAGCCAAAUUGA